AUUUGAUUCUAGAGAAGGAAAAAGACAGAUCUAUGGCACUGACGUUGUGACGUGACGUUUGUCUUGUCCAUUGAGUUUGUCAACAUGGCUACCGCAAUAAUGAAUACGGUAUUGCGAAAAACCAUCGAAUUUCUACCAUCAAAAGCAUUUACCAAGAAUGCGGUAGCUCUAAUAUACACUAGCAAGCAUUUGGAUGCCAAAUGGUCCCCAGACGCAGAAUGGUUCGAACAGUUCAAAGGACCUGUUAUGUACCCCAAUGAAAUCACCAAAAACUGGGCCAUGCAGCCCUGGAAUGCGACCAAAGUCCCAACUGAAAAAUCUGUUAAGAAUGUCACUUUAAAUUUUGGCCCCCAACACCCUGCUGCUCACGGUGUACUGCGACUUGUCUUGGAGUUAGAUGGAGAAGUAAGCAUAUAUUAAAGGGGCAGUCUACAAGUAUAAAAGGACAAACCAUCAGGUUAUUGAUUUAUGCAAAAUGCAUUUACUUUCCACAUUUAUCAAUGAUAGAUGAAAAUUAAAAAAAAUCUUUUAUCAUUUUGAAAAACCUCACGUCCCUAAUUUAAAAAUUUGGUACCAGAACUGUUCUUAAAAAGAUUUUAGUCUGUAGUAAGGAUACAUGAUGUAUUUAAAGCUGAUAUACAUUUUUAAUACCUUAGUGCCAAAUAUUGCAAACUUUUUUCUGCUCCCUGCCUUCUUUAACACAUGCACCUCUGGCAUCUCUACUAAUAAGAAGCCUUGUGUGCCACAUGUAUUUUCAAAAGUAAUUUCAACAAAUCUUUUAUGAAGUAGUUAAGGUUGUCUGUUUAGAAGUUUAAUGCACCUUAAAGACAAAAUCGUCAUACAGAUGAAAAGAAUACGCUACGCGCAUUUCACUUUGAAUUGUGAUUUUAGUUUUUUAUUGCAACGUCAAUAACAUUUGUGAAAGGAAUGCACAAUUGUACACAACUUCAUACAACCUAAAGAAUGGAUCCAAAUUUAAAAGAAGAACUGUAAAAGAGGGGCUGGAGUAGCUCAGUUAGGGGCCGAAGUAGCUCGGUUAGCACACUUACCUUACAAAAAGAGGAGAUAAUAAAAUAAUCCUUGGCAGUGAACAGGUUCCCAAUAAAAAAGCAACAGAGAUAAAAGUAGGUGCAAAAAGGUGUGAUACUGAUGAAAUUGUAAACCUGCAUGAAACAAAUCUACAAGGUGAUAGCACAAAGUCAGAUAACAAAAAUGAUGUAGACGCAAUAUUCAAACCAAAUUUCUCAAACCCCACCUAAAGUAAGCCAAGAAUACCAUAGAAGCCACAUAGACGUUCUUACAGAACACCACCCUAACUUUGAAAAAGGUAAAAGACCCAGAUCGCAAUCUAGACCAGGGGGAAAAAAUGUUAGUAAAAGGCUGUGUCAUGAAGUGAAAAACUGUAUGUUGGAAGAAUUAAUUCAAAACUUUUUUGAUGAAAUUGAUACCAUAAGCAGGUGCAUCGAUAGAGACAUGACGCUAACUCCUUUCAACACACAGGAGAAAACAUGCAUCCUACAAGCCACUAUGAAUAUACAAAAAUUACUGACACAAGUUGUGUACAAAGUCAGUCCGCUAGAAAAAGAGAAUGUAGUGUUUGCGGCUAGAAUAGAAAACACCCAGCCAAAGUAUACACACAUGGAGGCUAGUAGAAGCCUAUUGAACAUGCAAGGAAAUCAAGAGACUAGUAGAACUGAAAUAGUACAACCAAGAAGUUAUGCCAGUAUUGUAGGUGAAAGACAGUAAGUACAACCAAAGAAUCAAUAAGCAAAGGGACAGAAAUCGAUGAUGCCAUCAGAAAAUCGGAAACUUGAGUCAAUCAUAAGAGUGGAUAAACCGGAAAAUCCUAAGGUGGUCGUAAGUAGACUUGAACAAGAGUUGACACAAAAGGAUACUGAAGGAGGCUUCAAAAAUAUUAAGCAAUUGCAAUUCAGGGGCAGUAAUAGUAGAAAGCCGCACUGAAAUCCAACAACAGAAACUGAAAGAUAUAUUGAAAGAUAAGAAAAAAACAUCAGAUGCAAUCGAUCCUAUGUUCAUGAUCACAGGAAUUGAAAAAGGAUACGAGGCUAAAGAAUUCAUAGAUGAGCUCUUAAGGUUGAAUAAUGAAAAUAAAGCUGAAUUAAUCUAUAGUGUCACAGAUAAAGUCAAGGUUGUUACAAAGAAGAACAGCCAUAAUCCACAUAAAGAAAACUGGAUUUUACAAGCACUGCCCGAAAUUGCUAAGUGGUCAGAUAAACUUUGAUUUGGUAAGGGUCGAUGUUAAAGAACACAUUAAUUUGGAAAUCUGUUUAAAAUGCUCAAAUUUAGGACACAUUACUAAGUACUGCAAACAGCAGAUAUGUUGCUAUAUAUGUUCCUUUAACCUUGAAGAGACCAGCUGUCAGGAACAUGAUCUUAAAUGAGCAAAUUGCUGAAAAAUAAAAUGUAGUAACCUUAAUCACUCUGCCCGUGACCCAAAUUGUCCAGUCUACACAUCCAGAAUUAGGAGGUUUAGAAACAAGAUCAAUUACAGCCAGGAUUUUCAAACAUAAACAGGGAAUGAAUUGAUGCUGAUGAGUCUGACACCUAUGACUCUUUCAAGCAAAUGGAGGAAUACAACAGAAUAGCUCUACUGCAUCAAAAUGUCCAGUUGCUUGGAAACUCAAUAAAUGAGGUAGUAAAACGGGCAGAUCCUCACAUUGGUCUAUUGCAUAGAGGCACUGAGAAGCUAAUUGAAUACAAAACUUAUACCCAAGCAUUGCCAUAUUUUGAUCGUCUUGAUUAUGUCUCUAUGAUGUGUAAUGAACAGUGCUACAGCUUAGCUAUUGAAAAACUAUUAAACAUUGAUGUACCACUCAGGGCAAAGUACAUUAGAGUCUUAUUUGCUGAAAUCACCAGAAUCCUAAACCAUAUCAUGGCUAUUGGAUGCCAUGCUUUGGAUGUUGGUGCCCUGACUCCAUUUUUCUGGCUGUUUGAAGAACGUGAAAAGAUGUUUGAAUUCUACGAAAGAGUCUCUGGAGCUCGUAUGCAUGCUGCUUAUGUUAGACCAGGUGGUGUUUCGCAGGAUUUGCCACUGGGGCUCCUAGAUGACAUUUAUGAAUGGGCAUCCAAGUUUAAUGAAAGGUUAGACGAAGUUGAAGAUCUUUUGACCAAUAACAGGAUAUGGGUACAGAGAACAACUGAUAUUGGUAUUAUAUCAGCAGAAGAUGCGUUAAACUAUGGAUUUAGUGGAGUAAUGCUGCGAGGUUCCGGAAUAAAAUGGGACUUGCGUAAAACACAGCCAUACGACUCUUACGAAUUGUUCGAGUUUGAUGUCCCAAUUGGUACCAAGGGCGAUUGUUAUGAUCGGUACCUCUGCAGAUUGGAGGAGAUGAGACAGUCAUUGAGGAUCAUCGAUCAGUGUCUCAACAAGAUGCCACCAGGCGAAAUUAAGACAGAUGAUGCUAAGUUGACUACACCCUCUAGACAUGAGAUGAAGACGUCGAUGGAGGCUUUAAUCCACCACUUCAAACUCUUCACCCAAGGAUAUCAAGUGCCUCCAGGUUCCACUUAUACAGCUAUUGAAGCUCCUAAGGGCGAAUUUGGAGUCUAUUUGGUGUCUGAUGGAAGUUCCAAGCCAUACAGAUGCAAGAUUAAGGCCCCUGGAUUCGCACAUUUGGCCGGGCUAGAGAAAGUUGGAAAGAAUCAUAUGUUGGCCGAUAUUGUGGCUAUCAUAGGAACACUCGAUGUUGUAUUUGGAGAAAUCGAUCGAUAAACGGAGGUACAUAUUAGGUUUAUACUACGUAAUAAUUAUAAGUGAAAACAGUUUUUUUUGUUGUUAAUUUAUCGAAAGUGUAAAUAUACUAUUAUACCAAAUU